AUGACCGCUGUCCUGCUGCUGCUGCUGCUGCUGCUGAUUUCUUGCAAGACCUUGGCUGGCAUAGAGGUCAUCUCUUACACACCUCGUGUCUCCGAACUGCCCAUGGAAGGGAAGGUCACAGGCAGCACUUUCGCCUUGGAACCGCCAAACUGCAUCUUCGAUCCCUUUGCCAACAGCUCAGACAGCAUCUGGCUGGUGGUGACUUUCAUCAAUGCCACGGCCAAAUUCAAGAAUCCGACAACUCCCCAGCAGAUCCCACCAUACGAGGAUUUAUAUACCGCUUAUGGGUACAUGACCAUGAAGUCCACCCUCUCCCACUACCCGUGCAAGAAAGGGAAGGAGGGCAACGUGCUCCGUGUUGGCAAUGAGUCCUCCUGCAAGAACGACGACAGCCGGACACACUGCAAUGGGCCGCUGCCCUCGCCGGGGCCCUUCAGAGUGAAAUUCCUGGUCAUAGAUUCCAGCGGUUCUAAAGCAGAAACGAGGUGGUCGGGCCCAAUUACGCUGAACAAAGCUCAGCUGUGGAGGGCGGUGGACACCUGGCCCGGAAGACGGAGCGGAGACAUGAUUGUCAUCACCGUGAUUCUCUCCUCCCUCUGUGGGGUCGUCACCAUCGGUUUCCUCAGCACUGUCUGCUAUGAAUGCUUCAAGCUUUGGCAGCAUGGACCAGCGGAGGCCCCGGAGGAACCACGACCGGAGCCCUUCCAAGCCGGCCGCUAUGACACCCACCACAUCCCCCCUGCCCCCCCUGUGCCACCGCCUCCUCCGGCCAUGGAUGUGCCCAGUCCGUAG